UGAAGGCGGUUCCCCUGUAUGGUUCUGCUAUGAGGAAUUCCCUCAACGUUAUGGCCGCGAACAAAAGGCUUCUUGAAGCUGCUAUUCGUGAGAAAGAGUUGGCAGACAUGGCUAGCUUUCGGGAUCAACUUCAAAGGGAGCAAGGGCGCGCCCGAGGAUUCGAGAGACAACUAGCUGUUUCCAAAGGAAAGGUCAAAUCUUUGGAGGAGGAUAUUGUCCAACUGAAGAACAAUGAGGAUCGGCUAAAUGCGAGAAUUUCCCAUGCUGAUGCUGCUUCUACCGAGUUGACCCGCCAGCUUGCUGAAGCGAAGGAAAAGUAUGAGGUCGAGCUCACCGCUAAGAUCAAGGAGGGUGUGAAGAAGUUCAUUGAGAAGAGGAGGGCUCAAGUUGCUGCUAAGAAGUCGGGCUCGGCAUCGAUUCCUCCGAACGAAUAGUUCGUGCCUUUUGUAAUGUU